GACGCCGACGGCCUCGCUCUCCAGGACGCGGCUCGCGCCCAGGCGGAGGCGGCCGCUCCCGCGGGCGUCGAGGGCGUGGCGGCUAGGCUCUGGGCUGCGGGCACCUAGCAGACUGUACCCCGCUGGCCGCCCGCCUCGUCUCCCCAAGCGCGGCCCCUCGCGGCGUCCAAUCUCCCGCGUAGCCCGUCCGGCCGCCCCAGCCUCUCCUUGCCUGCCUGCCUGCCUACGGCGGCCACGCGAGCAGUAUAUGCCUGGUAGACAUCUUAGAACUUUAAGAACGGAAAAGACCUGAUUUUAGGGGAUAAUGCUGAGGGACACUAUGAAAUCUUGGAAUGAUAGCCAGUCAGAUCUCUGUAGCAGUGACCAAGAAGAGGAAGAAGAGAUGAUUUUUGGUGAAAAUGAAGAUGAUUUGGAAGAAAUGAUGGAUUUAAGUGAUCUGCCUACCUCACUUUUUGCUUGCAGUGUCCAUGAAGCUGUGUUUGAGGUGCCAGAGCAGAAGGAGAGAUUUGAAGCGCUUUUCACCAUCUAUGAUGACCAAGUUACGUUUCAGCUGUUUAAAAGUUUUAGAAGAGUCCGAAUAAAUUUCAGCAAACCUGAAGCAGCAGCACGGGCUCGAAUAGAACUCCACGAGACAGACUUCAACGGGAAGAAGCUGAAGCUGUAUUUCGCACAGGUACAGAUGUCCAGCGAAACACAGGACAAAUCGUAUUUACUGCCCCCCCAGCCGGUCAAACAGUUCCUCAUCUCCCCUCCUGCGUCGCCUCCAGUGGGGUGGAAGCAGGGGGAAGACGCGAUGCCUGUUAUAAAUUAUGAUUUACUCUGUGCUGUUUCCAAAUUGGGACCAGGAGAGAAAUACGAACUUCACGCGGGAACCGAGUCGACGCCGAGCGUGGUGGUUCAUGUCUGUGAAAGUGAAACUGAAGAGGAAGAAGAAACAAAACAUCCCAAACAGAAAAUCACCCAGACAAGGCGCCCUGAACCUCUGACUGCAGCACUGAGCAAGCCCCGGGCCUUCGACUGCACACUGUGAGGCUUUGGUUGUGGGGCGAGGCUGCUGCCACCUGGGCUGGGGUGGUGGGGACAUGCCUGCCCGUGACCGUGACCGCUGCUCAGCCGAGGCGAGGACAGGAGGGAACAGAGCGCCUGCCCUGGGGACAGGGGAGUACAGAGUAGCAGCCAGGUUGACCUGUUCAAAAUUUUAACAGAUGCUCUGAGCAGCAUGUUAAAUUAAAGGAUUAACCCCCAACAUGUGGCAACUCUUGACCAUUUUUAACAGUAGCAAAUUAGGAGAAUGGCUCCCUCCAGCAACGUUGAUUUCCCUGCUUCCAUAUAGCAUGGGGUACCCCAAAAUGAAAACUCUAGUCACUGAGUGCAGUACCAUUUUUAAGAACUUAAAGAUAGUCUUACAAUUUUAAUAAUGUAGUGCGGGUUUUUUUGGUAAUGGUCUGUUGGCUUCCAACUAAUCUAUUGGUCAAAGGUUAAUUGCUCUUCAAUAUACAUGGAAUUUUUUGCACAGAAAGAAACCUGACAUAGAGAAUAAUUCAUAGAAAAUCAUUUUUCUCAAGUGCUUUUUCCUUAACUUUGGGGAAGAAAUGCCCAAUUCCCUUUGACUGUCAAAAUCAAGGGACCCAAAUCUGUGUGCACAUUGUUCUCAUCCCGAAAGUGAUACACAGACCCCAGUUCCUGAUGUGCCAUCCCUCCCGGACACAGAGCAGUUGCUUUGGAAGGCAGGACAUAGCCCUUGUGAGCUUGAUGACUGUGACCUCAGGAGGCCACUGCACUCUACCGUUUGUGACCAGGUCCUGGCCUGUAGCUCGGACUGUCUUCAACCACCAGUUGAGUUUUUGUUAUGCAUAUUUGUGUGUCAUCAUUCAUAGGCUUUGAAUUAGAAAAGGUCAUGAUAAGAUUUUCCAUUUUUAAAUUGUCCAUUUAAACAUUUUUCAGUUUGAUUUGAAAGAAAAGUCACACACAUUCUUUUUCUGUGAAUUAGGGAAAGAUGGGGCAGACGGAGAUCGUUUUGUUAAUCGGACUUUCUUUUGGGUGAAAUUUUUUUACCCUGGCUUCCAGUUGGCAUUUUCCCCUAAAACAGAAGUGUUUCCUACUUGUGUUUCAGAGUGUAUCAUUGAACCUACUGAGGUAGAAGCAGACAUCUUCUUACCUCUUUGUGGUCUAUUUGGACUCUGAGGUCCCUUUUGUAGAGAAGCAUCAAAACUAAGAAUGCUUUGCUUCAGGUCAGGUGGCUCUGCUGGUUCUCUGCUUACUCUGAGGUUUUCUUUGUAUGGCAAGUGUCUGGGAUUCCCUGAUGUGUCUGUGCAGGGACGUGUGAGUUUGGACUAAAACCAAUAUGGCUGCCACUACAAAGAAAGAAAAAUGCAGAAAUUCAUACUGUGCUGUCUGUACAUUUUUGGUAAUGUGUUUCUGUGGUCUAGGUGUUCUUAUUAUGGUAGAAUUUAUUUCUAAGGACAUAAACUUUAUUGCAAAGAAAAAAAGUUUUCUAUAUUUUCCUUGCCCUCAAAUACUCUGAGAUGAUCAACUCUUCUAUUUGUAUGUAUCCACCACUGGUAAGCCUCAAUGUAAAUUCAGUUGAAACUUGUGAUUCUGUAAGCAGUUUAUUAAACUCAUUAUUUGGCAGUUUAACUGGCAGCCACUUAAUAAAUGUACUUUGCAGUUCUAAAUUCAGCAUUUUGUCACUUUUUAAUCUUAUCUGGGUGUACUAACUUAUCACUGCAGGACGGAACCUAAGUCAGGAAACAUAUGUAUUUUCAACACUUGGGAAUUUUUGAAUUUCCUUUUAGAUAAUAUUUAUUUGCUAUAAUUUUCUAAGUGGUCAGAAGUCAUGAUGUUUUAUUAUCUGGCUUGGCUUUCAUGCUCUACCUUCCAAUUAAAGACUAUUCUAUCCCUAACUUAAAACUGUCUUUUAAAGUCAAACAAUGCAAAUUACCUGACUAUUUCGUUUUCUCUUUUCUUUCUUUUUUUUCCAGUGUUGAA